AUGUCUUGGGCCUUGGAUGUCACCAACACAGUAAUACGCGCCGCUUUCAAUCUGUAUUUCCGACAGAAGAAGGGCAAGCCCAUCUUCAAGCUAUCAGCUGAUACUUUCGUCGACGAUAUUUUCCCGUACCUCCUAAUUGAUGAGCUACUCAGUCUUCGCAAGACGUGUAAAGUAUUUUAUUUGCUCACCCAUGAGCCUAUUAUUUGGAAACGCUACAUGAGACGGCUGCGCGUUCCCCUCGCGCAGUUACGACCAACCUUCAAAUUCACCGAGCGAAUAUCGAAUCAUGAAAUUGAAUUUCUCGUCACCCGAGCCUGUGCAGUCGAACGUUCCUGGCGACGCGGAAUUCCUCGAAUAAAGGGACGCAGAAUUUUGGCCUCCCAAUACAAGAUCAUCGACCUCAAGUUGGUACCUGGGGGCAAAUUUCUCGUCGCGUCCGCAAAGGACAAAUGCAAUUAUCGAUUUUACAUUCUCGUCUAUGCGCUGGACGUGAUGUACGGUUCACGACUACUCGCCCGCUUACCUACUUUCUUCAAGGUUUACGACAUCCAAGCACAAUACAUGGACUACAAAGGAGUUCCCGGCAUGAUGAUUUCGUAUGUUCGUAGACGAUUCGAAAACGGGGCCCCACCCUACAUCGACGUAUCUGAUUACGGACACACGACUCCAAUUGAUACCCACCAUCCUCUGAUAUACGAUGCCUGCUGUAUACACAUGCGUCUGGACGCGGUCGAAGAGUUGAUCCGACCAGACCUGAAUCCUCACGGAGCCAAGGAAAACUACCUCGCAGCAGCCUAUACGCUUGAAGCACCGUUCCGCGAUGUAUUCAGACAUGAAUUGCCAGCAGAAAUUCAUUCAGCAUCCCUUUUCUCGGUCGACAAUCAACCGCACAUGGGCUUUGCAGUCCGGAACCAGUCUGUCGCUUUGGUCGAGCUCAACACAGGAAGGAAGGUGACUUUUUGCUUCGAGGACGUUCCUGGGUUUGAAGGCCGGCCUCACCGCAUUCGCGCUUUACGAUUCCUCCCUUCCCAAAACGAUAUCCUCGUCAUCCGCUCCAUCUCAACGAUCCCAGGGACGCCCGAAACUCACGCUUUCGAGAUCUACAGUGUACCUGGGCAGCCAGGAUAUCAUCGAGUACGACCGAAAUAUGCAUGGGAGUGCGAAGACAAAUGGGGCCUCAACACAGAAUUCACGAUCUCCGAUCCCGCCAACUUUGCGAGGAAGACUGGCCCCGACCACCCAGACAUCCUCCGGAGAGAAUAUUGCCCUCCAACGAUUUGGGUAUUUGCACCUUCUGAAAACCCCAAAGGUGCAACCUACUGGUACUUCAGGCCUGAGCCAGAAGUCGAAUGGCGGAAUGGACCAAACGACAAGUUCAUCUACAAAUCCAUCUCUCUGCGACCGUACCACCACUCCAACCGAAACUACUUCGAGCGCGCCUUACCCGGGGCGGAGAGGACGCUAUUUUACGAAUACGACAAAGAUGGCACAGACGCGCCUCCUAUCGUCGGGUUCCGCAGGUUCCUUUUCCCUGAAAAACGCUUUGGGACGUUGUACCCGACGGACGACAUCAUCGAGCCGGUCAUGGCGGUCGAAAAGGACGACAGAGAUUGCGAUUUCGCGUUCAGAUAUAUCGAGCGGUGUGGAAACCUCGUCGACGAUGUCAACAAAGAUGGAGGCCUUGCAGCGAUCACUUGGGAUGAGAACAGCGGCAGGAUCUGCCUCGCUUCUGAUGGCAACCAGCGCAUCUACGUUUAUGACCUUGCGCCCGUCCUGGAGCCCCAUCAUCGACUCGCAUACCAGUGGAGGACGAGUUUAAUUGACCCGAAACCUGAAAUCGCAGCAUAUUUGUUGGGUCAGUGA